UCAUUAAUAAUAAAAUUGUUAAUGACAAUAAAAAUAUCAUGUUUCAGAUUGCAAAAAGACUCACAUCACAUCUUGAAACAUCAAGAUAUUUUUAUGAUCAUCUUAAGUUUAUAAAAAAAUGUUACUGCACUACCAUAAGUCAAACAAUCAAUGAUGAAAAAUUACAAGAGCCAAAUGUUGACAAUAAAAAUUUGACAUUGCCUAAAAUUAAAAAAGUUCCAAAAGUCGAUGGACUACGUUUAAAUGAUAAAAAUAUUGCAAAAAAAUUUGUCGAUUUAAUAAGAAAUGAUUUGACAAAUGAUUCAUCAAGUUUUUAUGCUGAAUUAAAUCCUGGACUUGGUUAUUUAACUAAUGAAUUAUUAAAUUCAGAUAUACCAGUGUUACAUUUAUACGAAAAAAUAACUGACUACAAUGAAGAUCUACAAAAAAUUAAUGAUGAACACAAUGAUCGUUUGGAUAUAAGAAAUUAUGAUUUUUUAAAACUUGCUAAAACUGAGUUUAUUGAUGAUGUAACGAAUAGUAAAAAAUUGAGCAAUUUACUUGAUGGUAUACCAGUUAAAGAAUGGACCUCUGAUCCAGCAAUUAAAAUCAUUGGUGCUGUACCAAAUAUGAGUUUUUUUUAUUAUUUACAGUAUUCAUUAAUUGACAAAUGUUUAUCAAAAUUUGGUAGAAUUGUUUUAAAUGUUGCAAUAUUACCAUCAAUGUCACUGGCUUUUCAAGAUGUACCAGAGAACACAGUAUUUCAUCGAGCUAAAAAUAUAUUUCUUCGGAAUAUGUUUGAUUAUAAAUAUCUAGAUUCAGUACCAAGAAAAUCAUUUUAUCCAGAACAAUUUAAAAAAUUAAAACAAAGAAAUUCGAAAUAUUAUGCACAAGAUGAUGAAUUAAUGGACAUUGUUAGAAUUGAAAGUAAAAGAACAUUUUUUCAUGAUAAUUUUGAUAGUACUGAUGCUAAAAUGUUUUUAUAUUUCUUAAAAAUACAAAUGAAACGAAAAGACACGAGGAUAAUUCCAUCACUUGAAAAAUGGAUAUCAGGCUGUGGACCAAGAUUAAUAAGAAAAAACAUGACAAUAUUUACAACAUAUUCAGAAUUAAAUUCAACAGAAUUAUUGGAUUUAUUUAAUGAAUUUAAAUCAUGGCCAGAAUAUAAAAGUUGUCAGUUUUAUGAAAUUGUUAAUUCAAUGAUUGAAAGCCAAUCAAGAUUUAGAAAACGUUAAUUUAAUAAAAUAUAUUUUUCUGAUUAAUAUGAUUAAUGUUUAAU